CCGGCAGCAUCGCGUCGCGCGGUUGAUCAUAAGCAAACGUGACGUGUUGUUGUGAAAUCCCUUUAUGAAAUCUACCAUCAUGCGAUAGACUUUCCGUUCUUCUCCCCCCUCCAGCUCCCCAGCUGCCCCCUCCGUCAACCUCUCAAGCAACCCGAGAUCUGCAGUCCAAGAGCAUUAUCUACGAUGAAUGUCGAAGAGAUAGUCAAGGCCAUCGAGCCUCUGAAGGGAGAGGUCGUCCCGAUCAGAACUGUCCAAGAGACUCGGCCACCUGAGGACUUUGCCGAUGCCUACGUUGCGGAAGUCAAUGUCAAAGCCGCUUCCAAAGUGAUCAAAGUUCUUGACUCCGCCUUUCCUCGCGAGGCCUCUCCCUCCAUGGGGCAUCUGCGCCGCUUUGCGAAACGGACCAUGCUUCCAGACCACCUGCUCCAAGAAAUUGACGCCAACAAGUCCGCCCCCGUGAAUAACGGCCAGACGAUCUUUGUUGUGAUCCCACCUCCCUUGCCAGACGUCCAGUCUCUGCAGGCUCUCCUCGCUCCCUUCGCUCCUCUGCCUCGCCGUCGCAGCUCCGCUACACCCCCCACCAACUCCCCCCCUCCGUCUUCCCCCACCUCGACCCCAGGCUCUCCGGAGCUUCAGCCUCCUAAAAUCCGCAUCUUCAAGACCCAGGUCCCGAUCUACCCGCCUUUCACUGCCGCCCAGGGCGAAAAAUGGACCCAGACGAUGUGGCCGGUGGUUUUCAACCCCGCCGCACCUCGCUCCACCGUCGCACCCCCACCACAAAUUCUCGCUCGUGUGCAGGAAUCUAUUAAGCCCCGUGCGGGUUUCUACCUCGCUUUGGCGCGCAAGGUCGCCGAAGAAUCGAAGCAGACCGGCCGCGGUCGGGGUGUAGGUGCUGUCAUCAUUGACCCUGCCAUUGAAGUUGGGCUUGAGGGCCAGGCUUGGAUGGACGACAGUGAUCCUACGGAGCGCUGGAUGGACGCCGUCCUUUCUGUGGGAGGCGAUGUUCGAUAUGCACGCUGCGAAGCCGGUGCGUCCUCCCAGACAGACCUCCAUCCUGGCGAGGUCCCAAAUCCGGCAAGCACUAGCUAUGAUCCUGAUCUCGAGGGAGGUCCGGAUUUGCAUGCCCUGAUGCGCGCGACGGAGCUCGUCGCCCGCCGCCGACGUGAGGAGGGUGACCACCUCGCUCAAUACGAUAACUCCCUUCUCCCCGUCAUCGCCACUGACCCGCAGCUGUCUACCAAGCUUAGCCCACUCGAGUCGUACUUCCUGUACGAAGUUUGUGGCGAAUCUGCAACCCCGGAACAAGAGCACCCCGUCGCUCCUCCCUUGUCGCCUAAGAAGCGCAAGCACGAAGAGCCCAAUCCAGAGAUCGCCAUGGCUUCGCUGGACGUUAACCUCGAAGCAACCAACCCAGUCAACCCACACGCCACUCCUCUCCCAGCUCCCCCACCUUCCACUACAGCCAUCGCCAUACCCGAUGCUAGCGUUUCAACCCCGGUAAGCGGUGUUGUAUCUUCGCCCCCAGGGUGGGGAUAUGAAUCCCCACCGGAAACCUCCCGCAUCCGCACCCGCUCCCAGGGCGGAUACCUCUGCACAGACUUGGACAUUUACCUUUCCCACGAGCCAUGUCUGUGCUGCUCAAUGGGAAUGCUCCUCUCGCGCUUCCGCUCAGUAAUCUUCCCCCGCGCCGGCCGUAUGCAGAGCGGUGGCAUCGCCUCAGAGCCCAUCGUGCGUCCUACCCCUGGAGACUGGGAUUCCGACUUCGGGGUUGAAGAUCAACAGGAUGAUGAGAAGGAGAACCGAGAGUACUACGGCUUGCACUGGCGCAAGGAACUGAACUGGCGCGCUCUCGGAUUUGAGUUUGUGGAGACUGAGGAUGCCGGGAAGGAUUGGGAGGUCGGCGUGGCCCCCGAGAGUGAUGGCAAGAAUCUGGUCUUCCAUGCAUAAGCGAGCGUGCAUUCGCGUCACUCAUCUAGUGACCUACAGAUGUUAGAUUACAGUGUUAGAUUAAAUACCAUGUACAAUUACAAUCA